CCUCCGCCUGCAGCGCCCGCGCCUCCUGCAGCCGCAGCCGCAGCCGCUCCCCCGGGUACUGGCCCCGGGACCCCCGCCCCUGAUCCGCGUCCGCACCCAGCCCAGAGGACCAUGGCCGGCCAGGGGGACUGCUGCGUCAAGGUGGCCGUCAGGAUCCGGCCCCAGCUGUCAAAGGAGAAGAUUGAGGGCUGUCACAUCUGUACCUCGGUCACCCCAGGGGAGCCCCAGGUCCUUCUGGGGAAGGACAAGGCCUUCACCUAUGACUUUGUCUUCGACUUGGACACCUGGCAGGAGCAGAUCUACUCGACCUGUGUGAACAAGCUCAUCGAGGGCUGCUUUGAGGGCUACAAUGCCACGGUGCUGGCCUAUGGACAGACAGGGGCCGGGAAGACAUACACCAUGGGCACUGGCUUCGACAUGGCAACAUCGGAGGAGGAGCAGGGCAUCAUUCCGAGGGCCAUCGCCCACCUCUUUGGGGGCAUUGCUGAGCGCAAGCGGCGGGCACAGGAGCAGGGCAUGGCUGGGCCUGAGUUCAAAGUCAGCGCUCAGUUCCUGGAGCUCUACAACGAGGAGAUCCUGGACCUGUUCGACAGCACCCGCGACCCUGACGCCCGCCACCGUAGGUCCAACAUCAAGAUCCACGAGGACGCCAACGGGGGCAUCUACACCACAGGUGUCACCUCCCGCCUCAUCAGCUCCCAGGAGGAGCUGAUCCAGUGCCUGAAGCAGGGGGCCCUGUCGCGCACCACGGCCAGCACCCAGAUGAACGUGCAGAGCUCCCGUUCCCACGCCAUCUUCACCAUCCACGUGUGCCAGAUGCGCCUGUGCACCCAGCCCGACCUGGUGAAUGAGGCGGUGGCCGGGAUGCCCGAGGGCACAGCUCCUACGAGUGAGUAUGAGACGCUCACUGCCAAGUUUCACUUUGUGGACCUGGCCGGCUCCGAGCGGCUGAAGCGGACAGGGGCCACCGGCGAGCGGGCCAAGGAGGGCAUCUCCAUCAACUGUGGCCUGCUGGCCUUGGGCAACGUGAUCAGCGCCUUGGGAGACCAGAGCAAGAAGGUGGUGCACGUGCCGUACAGAGACUCCAAGCUCACCCGGCUCCUCCAGGACUCGCUGGGGGGCAACAGCCAGACCAUCAUGAUCGCCUGCGUGAGCCCCUCGGACCGCGACUUCAUGGAGACGCUCAACACACUCAAAUACGCCAAUCGGGCCCGCAACAUCAAGAACAAGGUGGUGGUGAACCAGGACAAGACCAGCCAGCAGAUCAGCGCGCUGCGGGCCGAGAUCGCGCGCCUGCAGAUGGAGCUGAUGGAGUACAAGGCGGGCAAGCGGGUGAUUGGGGAGGAUGGUGCCGAGGGCUACAGUGACCUGUUCCGGGAGAACGCCAUGCUGCAGAAGGAAAACGGGGCGCUGCGUCUGCGGGUGAAGGCCAUGCAGGAGGCCAUUGACGCCAUCAAUAACCGCGUCACCCAUCUCAUGAGCCAGGAGGCCAGCCUGCUCCUGGCCAAGGCUGGUGAUGGCAAUGAGGCCAUCGGCGCUCUGAUCCAGAACUACAUCCGGGAGAUUGAGGAGCUCCGGACGAAGCUCUUGGAGAGCGAGGCCAUGAACGAGUCCCUCCGCCGCAGCCUCUCUCGGGCCUCGGCUCGGAGCCCUUACUCCCUGGGUGCGUCUCCGGCUGCUCCAGCUUUUGGGGGCAGCCCUGCCAGCUGCAUGGAGGACGCCUCCGAGGUGAUCCGCAGGGCCAAGCAGGACCUGGAGCGGCUCAAGAAGAAGGAGGUCAGGCAGCGGAGAAAGAGCCCAGAGAAAGAAGCCUUCAAAAAGAGGGCAAAACUCCAGCAGGAAAACAGUGAGGAGACCGACGAGGCCGAGGCCGAGGCCGAGGAGGAGGAAGAAGAGCGAGACGAGAGUGGCUGUGAGGAGGAGGAGGGGCGUGAGGAUGAAGAUGAGGACUCGGGCAGCGAGGAGAGCCUAGUGGACUCGGACUCAGACCCCGAGGAGAAGGAGGUGAACUACCAGGCUGACCUGGCCGACCUGACGUGCGAGAUCGAGAUCAAGCAGAAGCUGAUCGACGAGCUGGAGAACAGCCAGCGGCGGCUGCAGACCCUGAAGCACCAGUAUGAGGAGAAGCUGAUUCUGCUGCAGAACAAGAUCCGGGACACGCAGCUGGAGCGCGACCGCGUGCUGCAGAACCUCAGCACCAUGGAGUGCUACACGGAGGAGAAGGCCAACAAGAUCAGGGCGGACUACGAGAAGAGGCUGCGGGACAUGAACCGGGACCUGCAGAAGCUGCAGGCCGCGCAGAAGGAGCACGCCCGGCUGCUCAAGAACCAGUCGCGCUACGAGAGGGAGCUGAAGAAGCUGCAGGCCGAGGUGGCCGAGAUGAAGAGGGCCAAGGUGGCCCUGAUGAAGCAGAUGCGGGAGGAGCAGCAGCGACGCCGGCUGGUGGAGACCAAGAGGAACCGGGAGAUCGCCCAGCUCAGGAAGGAGCAGCGGCGGCAGGAGUUUCAGAUCCGAGCUCUGGAGUCGCAGAAGCGACAGCAGGAGAUGGUCCUGAGAAGGAAAACCCAGGAGGUUUCUGCCCUGAGGCGCCUGGCCAAGCCCAUGUCCGAGCGGGUGGCGGGGCGUGUAGGACUGAAGCCACCCAUGCUGGACUCGGGGGCUGAGGUGUCGGCCAGUACCACCUCGUCUGAGGCUGAAUCAGGGGCCCGCUCCGUCUCCAGCAUCGUGCGCCAGUGGAACCGCAAAAUCAACCACUUCUUGGGGGACCACCCCGCACCUACUGUCAGUGGCACCCGCCCGGCCAGAAAGAAGUUCCAGAAGAAGGGGGCCGGCCAGAGCUUCAGUCAGGCUGCGAGGCUCAAGUGGCAGUCCCUGGAGCGGCGGAUCGUCGACAUCGUCAUGCAGAGGAUGACCAUUGUCAACCUGGAGGCCGACAUGGAGCGGCUCAUCAAGAAAAGGGAGGAGCUGUUCCUCCUGCAGGAGGCCCUUCGGAGGAAGCGGGAGCGGCUGCAGGCCGAGAGCCCGGAGGAGGAGAAGGGGCUGCAGGAGCUGGCGGAGGAGAUGGAGGUGCUGGCGGCCAACAUCGACUACAUCAACGACAGCAUCACCGACUGCCAGGCCACCAUCGUGCAGCUGGAGGAGACCAAGGAGGAGCUGGACUCCACGGACACGUCAGUGGUCAUCAGCUCCUGCUCCCUGGCUGAGGCCCGCCUCCUGCUGGACAACUUCCUCAAGGCGUCCAUUGACAAGGGGCUGCAGGUGGCACAGAAGGAGGCCCAGAUCCGGCUGCUGGAGGGACGGCUGAGGCAGAGCGACAUAGCGGGCUCCUCCCAGAACCACCUGCUCCUGGAUGCCCUGCGCGAGAAGGCCGAGGCACACCCUGAGCUGCAGGCCCUCCUCUACAACGUGCAGCAGGAGAAUGGCUAUGCCAGCACAGAUGAGGAGAUCUCAGAGUUCUCGGAGGGGAGCUUCUCCCAGUCAUUCACCAUGAAAGGCUCCACGAGCCACGAUGAUUUCAAGUUCAAGGGUGAGCCCAAGCUGUCUGCCCAGAUGAAGGCCGUGUCAGCUGAGUGCCUGGGUCCCCCACUGGACAUCUCCACCAAGAACAUCACCAAGUCCCUGGCCUCCCUCGUCGAGAUCAAGGAGGACGGGGCGGGCCUCUCCAUCCGAGACCACUUCUACCGGGACAAGGUCUCACGCACCAUCAGCCUGCCCACCAGAGGGAGCACCUUCCCCCGGCAGUCCCGAGGCACGGAGACAUCCCCUCUGACCCGAAGGAAGUCGUAUGACCGAGGACAGCCCGUUAGGUCCGUGGACGUGGGAUUCACGCCCCCCUCGUCCCCUCCCACGCGGCCCCGCAGUGACCGUAACGUCUUCUCUCGUCUCACCAGCAAUCAGAGCCAGGGCUCAGCACUGGACAAGUCUGAUGACAGCGACUCCUCUUUGUCGGAGGUCCUGAGGGGCAUCAUCACCCCCGUUGGAGGAGCCAAGGGUGCACGGACAGCUCCGCUGCAGUGCGUCUCCAUGGCCGAGGGCCACACCAAGCCCAUCCUCUGCCUGGACGCCACGGACGAGCUGCUCUUCACAGGAUCCAAAGACCGCAGCUGUAAGAUGUGGAACUUGGUUACGGGGCAAGAGAUCGCAGCCCUCAAGGGCCACCCCAACAACGUGGUCUCCGUCAAGUACUGUAGCCACUCGGGACUGGUGUUCUCUGUGUCCACCUCCUACAUCAAGGUGUGGGACGUCCGGGACUCGGCCAAGUGCAUCCGGACGCUCACGUCCUCAGGCCAGGUGACCUCAGGUGACGCCUGUGCCGCCACAUCCACCCGCGCCAUCACCAGCGCUCAGGGAGAGCACCAGAUCAACCAGAUCGCCCUCAGCCCUUCGGGCACCAUGCUGUACGCAGCCUCAGGCAACGCCGUCCGCAUCUGGGAGCUCAGCAGGUUCCAGCCUGUUGGCAAGCUGACCGGCCACAUCGGCCCCGUGAUGUGCCUGACAGUCACCCAGACCGCCAGCCAGCACGACUUGGUGGUGACCGGCUCGAAGGACCACUACGUUAAGAUGUUCAAGCUGGGGGAGUGCGUGACGGGCACCAUCGGCCCCACCCACAACUUCGAGCCCCCCCACUACGAUGGCAUCGAGUGUCUUGCCAUCCAAGGAGACAUCCUGUUCAGUGGCUCCCGGGAUAACGGCAUCAAGAAGUGGGACCUGGAGCAGCAGGAGCUCAUCCAGCAAAUCCCCAAUGCACACAAGGACUGGGUGUGCGCCCUGGCCUUCGUCCCGGGCCGCCCCAUGCUGCUGAGCGCCUGCCGGGCGGGCGUCAUCAAGGUCUGGAACGUGGACAACUUCACGCCCAUCGGGGAGAUCAAGGGCCACGACAGCCCCAUCAACGCCAUCUGCACCAAUGCCAAGCACAUCUUCACUGCCUCCAGCGACCUGACAGUGAAGUUCUGGAGUAUACGGCGGUUACCCAGUGGCCCACCCUGAGCGUGAGGUCAGAGGAUGGCCCCUGGACCCUCGGCCCCUGGCAGCCUGGACAGCACGGAAGGGAAGCCGUGGCCGAUGGGGCCAGCUGCCCUGGGGACAGAGGGUGUGGGCAAUGGGUGUGGCCCCUCCUGCUCUCCUUCCUCCCCCUUGACCUUCCCACAGGGUACUGUCCCCAGUCCCUCCCCUGCCUCGUGGGAAGAGAGCGAGCUUGGGGAGGAAAUUAAGCUGUGAAGCCAAAGGGCAUUUCCCCCUCAUUUCUCUCCCUGCGGCCCCUUGGUCUCCCCACGAUGGCCACCUUUCUCCUGCUGAGUUGGCCAUGCCCUUCCUUGAGCCUUUGGCCUCGGGGUAGGGGCCCUGUGGGGGCGGUGAAGCAGCCCCAGACCUGCCUCUGAGCCCAGAUAGUCCUCAGGUAACCAUGGAGACCAGGUGGAGGCAGCUGGGCCCUGCAGUGACCCUCAGCCCUGUGGCCACCAACAACCAUUCCCAGGUGACCCCGGCAAUCCCUCGGGGUCCCUUUCCUAUGGAGCCCACGGCAGAGCUGCUGGAAAGAUUCCCUCGGGGAGGUGUUCAGAAAUCCUUCAGUUAUUUAUUUUAUUUUUUAUUUUUAUUUUUUGCUGUUGCCUCCUGGAAACUGACUUGAAGUUUCUUCCCAUGUGUUCUUUCCCUCAGCUCUUAGGGGGAGGGGAACCCCAAAGGGGACCCGCUCUGCCAGCCAUCUAGGGCCGCUCCUCGCCUGCUCUGCAGGGGAGGGAAGCGCCCCUUCCCUCUGCAGCUCGGCCUGCCCGCUGUCACCCCGGGUACCAUUCUAGCGCACCCCUGACUCCAGGCUGUGAUGCUCAGUGCCUUCCUCCCCAGGGCCUGGUGCCCGUGCCGGGCAGCCUUACACCAGCCAUGGCCGUGGCGCCACACGUGUCUUCACUCAUAGGGUCUUGUGCCCGCUGCCCCCGGAAGGCGGGGGAGCUCCACCCCAUGGUCUAGCCCAGGGGCCCCAUUCCCAGGGUCCUGGCGGGCCGCGUAGGAAGCAGCUCGGAGGCCUGUGUCCACGAGGCCUCAGCUGGACGGUGAGGACGGCUGGUCCCCUCCCCAGCCCGCUGGAUUUUCACCCUGAGUGGGCAGGGCAUCCCUCCAGCUUCUCUCUCUCUGGCUAUUCAGGAGACACGAUUUUAAGCCUUAAAAGUGGCACGGGCCCCAGGCGCUCCCUCUUAGGAGGUCAGCGGUGAGGAGGGAGCUCACUGAGUGUGUCUUUUCGAGGGGCUGUGGACUCAAUUGCAGGGGUGUUGUGGAAUCCUUGUCCCAGCGCCCCCUCAAUUUACAGGCCAGGGCCUUGCAGGUUGUUGUGCCCCUCCCUCUGCCCAAUCCCACCCGUCCACACUGGUUUUCAGUUGCUGAACUAGUCUUGUGCUUCCUGACCUCAGUCUGGGGGCCAGGACCCCAGCUCCGUUCAGAAGAUGCGGUGACCUCUGGACCUUCCAGAGGCAGCUCUGUGUCUGCCCUGGACACCUCUCCCUGUGGCCCGGGUUGGAGCCUGCUCCAGGUGGCCGUGGUGUGGGCCUGCGCGGCACACAGCACACAGGGCAGAGGAGCCGUCUUAGCUGUGAAAGGGAAGACCCCCGCUGGGGCCCGGGUGUGGCUCUCCCCCCUGCCCGGAGCUGCCCCCGAGGCUAAGUCCUGCUGUGGGGGGCCCCUACUGGACGUGGCUGUGAGGACUGGCCGAGCUGACGAACAGGAAGGGCACACCCUUGUAGGCUGGUCUCCUGGGGCCUGGACAGUCUGUCCAGUCUGAAAGUUCCCCCUCCUCCGACCAUCCAGGGUGCCGGGCCGCUCCUUUCACCACUGAGAAGCGAGCACAGGUCUGUCCCCUCCCCGACCCUCUCCCCACCCAACAGAAAGUUUCAACCUUGCAACCUGUAAGAAAGACUCCGUCUGCAUGACUGUUUACAAUUGUAGAAACACACAGACUGCGCUCCCCCAGGGCCAGGGGCGCCCCAGCCCUGGCUGACUAUCUCGUGCUGCCAGGCCUGUCCCUGCCCGAACUGUGACCUACGGCCUGCGAGAGGUGCUCAGUGUGUCAGCGCCCGUCUCCUGCUGUUCCUGGUGGGUCAGCUACCUCACGGCGGGCUGGCCCUGCUGUCCUGGCGAUUGUGGUUGGCUCUAAACUUGAAGCCCCUCGGGAGCCCUGAGCCGUCCCGAGCUGUGCUCCGGGAUCUUCGGAGUCUGCCCGCUCCUUCAGGGGUGUCCCAGGCACAUAGGGGGCAAGCCCCCAGUCCACUUGUUGCACAAGCGUCAUAAGUGUUGCAAGCACAAAAUGGUUGUGAUUUGAGCACAGGGGCAGGGCUCAUGGCAGGCACCCUGGGCAAACCCGGGCCCAGAAGUCUCCUCCCAGGUCAGCUCUGUCCAUGGUUAGACGAGGAUGCCCACAUCUGGGGAGCUUGCCCUCACUCAGACCAGGGCUUGGCCCAAUUCUGGGACUCGUCAUACUAUUUAUUUUUCUCUGCCCCUCUGAAGAUGUGGGGCUAAGCCACUGCAGGCCAGGCCACGUUGGAAUGCCGUGGGCCCAGGAGUAGUGCCCUCUCUCGACCCCACACCCCAGAUCUUUGGAUGCCUGAGCCCAGGUUGGGUCCCAGCCCUACUGAGCCUGACGAGCAGGGACCCACAUUCCCUGUCUCCUCGGCUGAGCCCCGUGGAUGCUUUGGAAGCUGUCUGGCGAGCUCCCUAGAUGGAGGGUUCUUCCAUCCCCACUGCCCGUGGGCCUCCUCAGUGCAGUCCUGUGCCAGGCUCUGUCCCCAGUAUUAACCAGGGCAAUGUUUGCUUUCAUCUGAGUGACUGACUCCUCCACGGCAGCCCAAAUUCCCCAAGGCAGCAGCUGGAGUUGUCUUUGGAGGCUGCCAAGAUGGAAGGAAAGGCGACGAGUCAGAGACUGGCACACCUAUGCCUUUGAGGUGGUUAAGUGCCACCGUCAGCCCCUCGGGAAGGAACAUCUGUGGAUCUGGGAGUGGUCUCCCUGCCCACCCACCCUCGCCGCAGCCUCAACCUAGAACCUUCCACCCUCGCUUAUGUGGCCCUGCUGCCCGCCUGGGGCGGUGUGGCUUGGGCAGAGGGCAGUUUAAAGCACAAAACCACUGCAAGGAGACUGUGUUGCUGGGACCUUCUCACGCUACCCAACGUGGUGGAGACACAGGCAGGCGGGGCCGCUGUGAAGUCCAAGAUGCUCCGCUCCUGCAUCACGGAGACCGUCCCAACUCUCGGGCAUCCUCUGACACAGCCUGGGCUGGGUGCAGGCACUCCCCCUGGCUUGUCUGCCCUGCCUGUGCCCGCCAUGUUCACCGUCGUGUUUGUGAGAGCCGAGGGUUACCUCCCACACCUGUGGCGUCUGUCCCUUUGCCAUCCCCAACAGGAAACUGCUCACCGCUCCCUUAGCUUGGCACAGCCUCCUGGUCCAGGCUCAGGAGCCAGGGCUUGGCCAGUGCCCCCCACAGGCCUUCCUGGGCCUGGCCCUCCUCUCCUGGCUCCCAGAUCCUUCACUGCCCUCUUAUGUGCAAGGACAGACUCUACAGGUAAAGUUCUGUUUCUUCUAUGUCAUCUUUGUUCUAUCCCUCCUGCCAUCCCCAGCACUCAGAUGAGCCCCCAACCCCCCACCACACCCCAGCCCAGUCCUUUGAACCCAUGUCCCGAGGGCCUUGCAGGGAAGCGAGAACUGCUCAUGAAGAGCCAAGGGUCAGAGAAGACCCCUGAAGUGAAUCAGGGCCCUGCCCUGCCCACCAGCUCUUUUCUAGUGAUCACCUCCUGCCCAGGCUGCAGGGUUCAUCUGGCCCGUACCCUCUGCUGUGUGGCUAGCACAAGGUGUAUAUAUGUUUUGUACCUCUGUGGAUGACUGUACAUAGUGUAUGAAAGUUAUUUAAGCCUCAUGCUGUAGAUUUCUGUUCCUAGACUGGAUGUGUGUGUGUGUUCUAAGAAAUUGUCAUAAAUAAAACCCGAAUGACCAUUGUC